UUUUUUUAUAACUGCUAAUUGACAACUGAUAAGAGUAGAGAGGAGCCAAGAAGAAGCACCUAAAAAUGGAGAUAGCCGUUAAAACCCUUUUCUUGGGUUUAAACCCUAAGCUCAUAAAUCGUAAACAAUCAGUAGAUUUGAUAUUUCAAAAUCAAUCUUGCAAAAGCCCAAAUGUCCAUCAUCGAGGUUAUUGUGCAAAAUUAAGGGAGACACACAGAUGUUUUACUCCUCUUGUCUCUGCUGUACUAUCAGGCACACCUGGCGGAGUUUGUUCUUCUCCUUCUUGUGAGUUUGAAGAAUUCUCUGUAACGGCUUCACCUACCGCGGAACCUGGAGAAUUAAGGAUUAGUGUAGAGGUAUCUGGUGUGAGGACUAGAGCGAUUUUUAACGAUGUCUUUGACAAAAUGGUCGCUGCUGCCCAGCCAAUUCCAGGGUUUAGACGAGUAAAAGGAGGGAAGACACCAGACAUACCUAGAGACAUCUUGCUAGAAGUCCUUGGACCUUCAAAAGUUUACAAGGAAGUGAUCAAGAAAGUAAUAAACUCUACUAUAGCCGAGUAUGUUGAAAAGGAACGUUUAAAAGUCGGUAAAGAUUUGAGAGUCGAGCAGAGCUUUGAGGAUCUUGAUGAUGUGUUCGAACCAGAUGAGAAAUUCAGUUUUGAUGCAGUAAUUCAGAUUCAAACAAAUGAAUGAAUAAUGAUUUGAAGUUCUGUACUUUCGAGAAACUAUUAGUUCCUCCCGUCAAGUCUGCGAAGAAGCCUGCCCAAGAUUUGCAUAAAUUUUGAAUAUUGUACACUUAAUAUGGGCGUGAUAUCGUAUAACAAAUCUUUGGCGUGAUCUCAUAUCACAAAACUUGGCGCUUCUUACUAGAUCAGUUUAGUACUUGAGGGUGGAAUUGAAAUUCUAAGGUGCGAAUUUGGGUGCAGCUGACAAAAUUGCAACGUCAGGGUGCAAUUGAAUAGGAGCUAAAAAGUGGUAUUUUUGUGAUUAA